AUGCCACGUGCGAGAGUUGAUCCACACAACCGAAGGCGUGUGUCACAAGCCUGCGAUGUCUGCAGGAAACGCAAGGAGAAAUGCGAUGGAAAUUUGCCCUGUGGUCAUUGCCGGUCGCGGAGCAAGGACAACGGCUGUCGAUAUACGCAGAAAUGCUCAUCUUCUCGCAACCUCCGCCGUAACCUCGCCGCAAGAUCAACGACAACGCUCAGUCCGACGGAGUAUACUGUAUCAGAGGGCUCAAGCGUCGGUGACGCUUCUUGUACUGCAGUACAUGCACUGUUAGGUUGCCCUGCGUCUGCAGACUCCGCUGCCGAGCACACUAUGGUAGACUCUGGCCCGAUCCCCAAGCCGUCUCAUAUGUUGCCAGAUGCCAAAGGAAAACUCAUCUACAUUGGGCAGUCGGCGUCGCUGUCAUAUCUCCAUAUUGUACAAAGGGUGGCUGCUGGUUGCAUCGGAUCAUGCGCCUUCACCGAUGAUACUCAGCAACAAUGUAUGAUCGAAAAGGAUAUAUCUGGGUGCUUAGGCAGUCACCCAGAGCCGGAGCCUGAACUUAGACGCUCCCUCGUCCUUGCUGAGCAAUAUGAGCUUUCGGUGAGCGGCGUCUUCGAUUUCUUCUGUGCUUCAUACCUCCACGCCGCCAUUCCACCUUGGAUUGCAGACCCAAAUCGCAGGGAUAGGCCGGAAACCCCAAUCCUCUACUUAGUUCUUGCAAUCGGUGCACUGGGACAUGCUUCGGACGACGACGACGAACUCACUGAGCGAUAUUUCAACUACGGUCGACAGCAGGCUAUCAUUCACUUGAUGGACGAUCCGUGUCUCUUGACUGUAAUUGCCUUUUCGCUAAUCAGUUACUAUAUGCUUGCCUCGUGUCGGCGAAAUGGCGCAUUUACCAACCUCGGGAUAGCCGCUCGUGCGGCAUACGCACUCGGCAUACACCGACACGAAACAAAUCGUACCUUUCGGGAUGCGGCUAGAGAACGAGCCUGGAAGUCUCUCCGAGUCUGUGACUUGUUCCUCAGUGCGUCUAUGGGCCGUCCACCUGCAACCUCAGAGGCCGAUUGCAACAUUCCAUGGUCAAAGGCAUCCAGUCUAAAAACGAAUAUUAUUGACCAGAAAGACAACUCGCCACUUCCGUCCCAGGAGGAUUCCGCAAUUCUUAAAAUAUGCCUCAUUUUCGAGCGGAUCCUAGUGGAGGUGUUUUCCAAGAGAGCGGUGUCCCUUGAUCUGGCUGGAAGUGUAUCGCAACAACAUCGGCAGUGGGCGGAAGAGCUACCAGCGAUGCUAAAGAUUGAUGGGCUUCUCAGAAGUGAUACCAGCACAAAGGCAAACAUUCAAAAACUCGGGACCCAUACUGUCACAAUGGCAUACUAUUACUCUAUCAUGUUGCUUUGCCGACCCUUUCUCUCCUUCCAUGUUGGCACACGCCUAAAUAAAGGCGGGAGCCCUCGAGACCACAAUGCCUCUUCUGACUCCAUCUCAACCUACGCGGAUGCAUGCGUCGACUCUGCCAUCAAAAGUAUCGCGCUUGCAAAAGAGAUUGUCUUCGACGAAUCCAUGCCCAAACGCCAGCCAAUCAUCAUCAACGACGUCUUCAUCUCAGCUCUCUGUCUCAGGCCACGCGAGCUUCGGCGACUAUGA